AUGACCAAAAUCACUCCCUAUCCACGCACUUUUCGCCGAGUGCUUGUCCGUAACCGCCUGCUCCGCUCCCUGCUCCUCAUCUUCAUCGUCUGGAACCUGAUCGAGCUCCACCUGAUCCUCCGCUGCAUCUCCGAAACCGACCUCAUCUACCGCGAUCAGCCCCGCCGGCGGGAACGCAUCUACAUCGCCAGCGUCAAUUGGAACAACGAGCUCAUUUUGCGGAAUCACUGGAGCCAGGCGCUCACGGAGCUCGCAUGGAAACUCGGGCCGGAUAAUGUAUACAUCAGCAUCUAUGAAAGUGGUAGCUAUGACAAUACCAAGGGUGCGUUGAUGGAGUUGGAUCGCGAGUUGGGUCGCAUGCGAAUUCCGAGGAAUAUUACCCUGUCGCCUGUUACGCAUGAGGAUGAGAUUGCUGCACCUCCGGCCGGAGAUGGGUGGAUUGUUACGCCGAGGGGGAAAAAGGAGCUCAGACGGAUACCGUAUUUGGCGCGGAUCCGGAAUCUCAGUCUGGAACCGCUGCACGAGUUGGCGGCGCAGGGCAUUACCUUUGACAAGAUUCUUUUUCUCAACGAUGUUGUUUUUACAGCAAAUGACAUCUUCGAACUACUCGACACCAACGACGGUGACUACGCCGCAGCCUGCUCGUUGGAUUUCUCCAAACCACCCAACUACUACGAUACCUUUGCACUCCGCGACGCCAGCGGCCACGAAGCCGUCAUGUCGACCUGGCCUUUCUUCGGCGACCCCGUUUCUCGCUACGCUAUAAAAAACAUGGCGCCCGUUCCCGUUACCAUCGCCAUGCCCGCCACACCGUUCACGGCAUCCCCGCCCCUCCGCUUCCGCGGCAUCCCCGACUCCCUCGCCAUGUCCCACCUGGAGGGCUCAGAGUGCUGUCUCAUCCACGCAGACAACCCUCUUUCCGAACAAAAGGGUAUCUAUUUAAACCCACUCGUGCGCGUGGGAUAUUCCGGCCCUGCAUACGUCGCCGUGAAUCCGAUCAUGAACUGGCUAACCCCACGCACAAUCCUUCAAGGGUUGUGGAUGAAUCGAUUGCGGAGGUGGACGCGCUUGACCUGGUUGAAGGAGAGAUAUGUUCAGUCUAAGAUAGCGAGGUGGGCGGCGUUGUCGGAGGGGAAUCGGGAGCCUGGGCCUUUUUGUGUUAUCAAUGAGAUGCAGAUUCUACAUCCGUGGGGAUGGGAUCAUGUUUAA